AUGCUGGCACUCCAAGAGACCUACACUAACACAGUUUUUUCCCUGGAUACUUCUACUUUUUCAUCUAAGCCUGAAGCAGACUAUAGCAGUGCCCCGGAUGAAGAUGAACAUAAUUCUAACAUCGCACUCCAGAUUUCCGAAACCGCGGUAUUGUUCCAGAAAUUUCUCUUCGACUUUGUCCCUAAACUGUUUGAAAAGAUCGAGACGAUUGUGGAACUCGAGAUUUUGUUGUUGUUCGCCCUGGGUUGGAAGAUUCUGCGGCGACGGCUGAACAUGACAGAAAUUCGUUUUCUGCUCGGGAUCGGCGUGAUUAGUUAUCCUGUGCAAAAGUAUCGUACUCGUAGUAAUUGCAUUUAUGCACUACAAAUCUGCUUCUAAAGGUAAAUCAGCAUUGCAAACAAAUGCAAUUUAUAAUAUACUAGUACGAUGCUUUUGCAUUUCAUAUUGGUUUCUACCUGGCGAUUUUUGAGCUGACGUGCCAAACCACGAGCACCCUAUCCACUGCAAAAGUAUCUGAUACCCGUAAGUAUAAAUGCAAGUCUUGCAUUACAAAUCUCGUUCCCAAGGCAAAUCAGCAUGACAAAUUGCAUUUCUCAUGCUGAGCAAAAAUGUAAUGCAAUCCAUACUAGAGCGACACUUUUCCUUUUGCAGUUCAUACACCUGCUCGGGCUACAAGCUGUCGCGGGACAUUCUGCACAGCCUCGCUUUUUUGGUGAUCAUCGUGGCGGUAAACUUCAACCUGCACUCGCUGGGGAUUCUAUCAAAUGCAAAAAUGUCUGGGUCUGGAAAGCUGUGAUGCUGAGUUGUGCAUGAUUGAAGCGCGUUCAAAGGCAGCCAAGCAUGACAAGUUCUUCAGACGCCUGCUGAUGCCUAGCACGC